UCUCUCUCUCUCUCUCUCUCUCUCUCUCUCUCUUCGGAACCUACUGAAAGAGGUUCCUUUUCUCUCUUUCUUUUACCUUUCUCCUUUUUCUCAUUUACUUUCUUCCAUUGCACUGAAAUAGGAGCUCCUCCCUCUAUCCCUAGAAUAGGCAAAGCUUAAGACAGAGCCAUGGCAAGAGAACAACUACAGGUGCUGAAGGCGCUCGAUGUCGCAAAGACCCAACUCUACCAUUUCACAGCAAUCGUGAUCGCAGGAAUGGGCUUCUUUACUGAUGCUUACGAUCUCUUCUGCAUUUCCCUCGUCACCAAACUCCUAGGUCGCAUCUACUACACUGCCGAUAACCCCGACAAACCCGGCACCCUUCCACCGAGAGUCGCUUCCGCUGUCAAUGGCGUCGCUUUCUGUGGAACCCUCGCAGGCCAGCUCUUCUUCGGCUGGCUCGGCGACAAGAUGGGCCGAAAGCGCGUCUACGGGAUGACUCUCCUGCUCAUGGUCGUCUGCUCAGUAGCAUCCGGCCUCUCGUUAGGUGAAAACCCUGAUGCUGUAAUGGCAACUCUCUGCUUCUUCCGCUUCUGGCUCGGCUUCGGCAUUGGUGGUGACUACCCUCUUUCAGCCACCAUCAUGUCUGAAUACGCCAACAAGAAAACCCGCGGCGCUUUCAUCGCUGCCGUCUUCGCAAUGCAAGGAUUCGGAAUUCUAGCAGGUGGGAUGGUCGCCAUCAUCGUCUCAGCAGCUUUCAAAUCAAAAUUCGAUGCACCCCCUUUCAGUAAAGCUUUCAAGGCCUCAACCGUCCCUCAGGCAGACUACGUCUGGCGGAUAAUUCUCAUGUUUGGAGCACUUCCAGCUGCUUUAACUUACUACUGGCGAAUGAAAAUGCCCGAGACAGCUCGUUACACUGCUCUAGUAGCGAAAAACGCCAAACAAGCUGCGAACGACAUGUCCAAGGUUCUGCAAGUGGAGAUAGUAGCGGAACAAGAGAAGGUCGAGCAGCUGACGCAGAACUCCAACAGCUUCGGACUCUUCUCCAAGGAAUUCCUCCGUCGGCAUGGGCUCCACCUGUUAGGCACUACCACUACAUGGUUCUUGCUCGACAUUGCAUUCUACAGCCAAAACCUCUUCCAGAAGGAUAUCUUCACUGCAAUUGGAUGGAUUCCAAAGGCUGACACGAUGGAUGCACUCGACGAAGUAUACCGGAUCGCAAGAGCUCAAACACUCAUCGCUCUCUGCAGUACAGUGCCUGGCUACUGGUUUACAGUCGCACUUAUCGAUUACAUCGGACGGUUCACAAUCCAACUGAUGGGAUUCUUCUUCAUGACUGUUUUCAUGUUCGCAUUGGCAAUCCCAUACAACCACUGGAAGAAAGAUAAUAACCAUAUCGGAUUCGUGAUUAUGUAUGCACUCACCUUCUUCUUUGCGAAUUUCGGUCCUAACAGCACGACAUUCAUCGUGCCUGCGGAGAUAUUCCCAGCACGUCUACGGUCUACGUGUCAUGGGAUAUCAGCAGCUGCUGGGAAGGCGGGAGCGAUCGUAGGAGCAUUUGGGUUCUUGUAUGCGUCCCAGAGUCAGGACAAACAUCAGACAGAUCAUGGAUAUCCGCCGGGGAUUGGGGUGAAGAAUGCGUUGAUCGUGCUUGGAGUGAGUAAUUUGUUGGGAAUGGUGUUUACGUUCUUGGUACCCGAAUCGAAGGGGAAGUCACUGGAGGAGAUGUCGGGUGAGAAUGAGGAGGAAGAACUGGAGACGAUAGAGGGUGGUGUAGGUUACAGUCGGACGGCUCCUGUUUAAGCGCUUGAUUUUAUAGUUUUCCAGCUUCUCUGUUUUUUUUUUUUUUUUUUUUAAUCUGUUUCUCUGCUCUUGGUUUCUAUGUUUCUGGUUCUAUUAUUCAUGUAUUUGAUGAUGUGGGGAGAGCUGGUGUUAAUGUAGCCUAAAUAAUUAAUACUUUUCAAGAAAAUAGCAUGAAUUUCAUGACUAUGUUCUGGGUCAGCUAUUUCAUUAUUUUUCUCGUAUGUUUGGAUGGUUCUCAAAAUUGAAGUGAAAUGGAUUUUAAU